CGCCGCCGCCUCGGCCGGGCAAGAUGCCCCGCCGGAAGCAGCGCCACCCGCAGCCCGUCAAAGUGGACGCGGCGGGCGCGGCGGUCGAUCCUCCGGGCGAGGAGGGCCUGGCUCCGCCGGGCGCCUUCCUGUCGGAGCACGAGCUGGAGCUGGAGGACGAGGACGACGAGGAGGAGAGCGGCGGCGCCAGUCUCGCCUUCGAGAAGGACUCGGAAGACUCCCUCGGGGGGACACCCGGACUCUCGUCCUACGUGCUGAGCGAUGAGGAGUUCCCGCCGCUGUGCCAGGCCCAGGACAACGGCGAGGGGCCCGGCCAGGCUUGCCAGCACUGCGGCCUGCCCGCCCCCGCCUCUGCCGCCUGCUGCCCGCCAGAGGAGGAAGAGCUGGAGGAGGAGGAGGAGGAGGGUUCCACCAAGGGACGGGUGGUCUUCUCCUGCCAGCUGUGCCCCUUUGCCUCACACUACUCCAGCCACCUCAAGCGCCACAUGAAGACCCACAAUGGGGAGAAGCCCUACCGCUGCCCGCACUGCCCUUACGCCUCGGCCCAGCUGGUGAACCUGACGCGCCACCUGCGCACCCACACGGGAGAGAAGCCCUACCGCUGCCCCACCUGCCCUUUCGCCUGCAGCAGCCUGGGCAACCUCAAGAGGCACCAGCGGGUCCACGGCCAGGAGCGCCCGCUGCGCUGCGGCUCCUGCACCUGCCGAUGCGCCCGGGGCAACCCCCUGCGGCGCCACAGCCCCAUGGCACAGGGGGAGUCGGAGGCGGAGAUAGAGGGGCCAGCGGCUGCGGAGCAGGAGACAGAGCCUCCACUCUUGGCCCCGGGCUCCCCGUUCCUGAGGCCCGAAGACUCUGCGGCCGUCCUCCCGGAGCUGCUCUUCCCCUUCACGUGCCGGGCGUGCGGACUUGUCCUGGAGGCGGACGAGGGCCUGGGCGAGCCGGUGUGCGGGCGCUGCAGCCUGACGGUGCUGGGGGCUGAGCCGUCGUCGCCCAAGGGCUUCUCGUGCCAGCUGUGCUCCUUCGUCACCACCUACCCCAACCACCUGGCGCGGCACAUGAAGACGCACAGCGGGGAGAAGCCCUUUGCCUGCGCCCUCUGUCCCUACGCCUCGGCACACCUCGACAACCUCAAGCGCCACCAGCGGGUGCACACGGGAGAGAAGCCCUACAAGUGCCCGCUGUGCCCCUACGCCUGCGGCAACCUGGCCAACCUCAAGCGCCACGGCCGCAUCCACUCGGGGGACAAGCCCUUCCGCUGUCGCCUCUGCUCCUACUCCUGCAACCAGAGCAUGAACCUCAAGCGCCACAUGCUCAGGCACACGGGCGAGAAGCCCUUUCAGUGCCGCAUCUGCCCCUACACCACCGGCCACUGGGACAACUACAAGCGCCACCAGAAGGUGCACGGCCAGGGCCUGCCCGAGGAGGAGGGGGGGCCCAGCCUGGACAGCAGCCUGCCUUGAGGGCCAGCGGGGGGAGACCGCCAGCCCCCGCCUCCUCUCCGGGUGCCUCUGCAUAGGAAUAGUCUCAGACUGCAGGAGGAGGAAGAGGGGGCCUCUUCCAUUCGCCAAACAAGCCCCCCCCCCGACUGGGGGGGGAGUGCAGUUCGUGCAGGCAGCGAAGCACUCGUCACCUGGACAAGAUUGUAUCUGUGGGGUAGCAGAACACUCCCCCCCCCAAAAAAAAACUCCGACUGAGGGCGGUUCUUGGUGCUUUUCUGUCCUCUCUGUGCCUCCUCCCCAGCCCCUUUUAACUGUGGUUGCUGCUUGAGUCUGUGUAAUUUAUAUCGUGUAUUAAUGCAUUAAACUGUUUUCUUAUCUUGCUUUA